AUGAUUUUGGAUCAGUCUAUUUUACAAUUGAUACAAGUUGUAGAUAGAGAUUUAGAAUUAUUUACACAAAGGAUUGCUUUAGGGGCCACCGAUAUAUCCCUAAAUAAUAAUAUUGAUAAAGAUAAUAAUGAUAAUGAAAAAUAUUCUCAAAUUGAAAAUUCGCAACAUGUUUUGCAACAACUUAAGUCAUUAGUUGAUGGAUUUCAAAGAAAUAUUUCAACUGAAACAAAUAGCAGUAAUAAUAAUCAAAUUCAAAAAAUUGAUUUUGACAAUAUUAGAAAUUUUACAAAACAAUUAUCUUUAAGUACUACUUCAAAAGGAAAUAUUACUAAUUUGAAGCCAAUUAAAAUCUCUAGUAUUGACUCAAAUUUAAGAAUUACGGAGAUUAAUCAAUUUAUUAAUUAUACUAUAUCACGUUAUAUAUUAAUAUUAUGUUAUUAUAGUGUUACAGCAGAAACUUUAAGAAGAUUACCAAAAGCAAUAGAAACUGAAAAAUAUUUUAAAACGAUCGAAAAUUCAUUUAUUAAUAAAUUGUUUUAUUUAUUACAAACUUCAGUUGGAAAAUCAUUGAAGUUAUUUAAAUUAAUUCAAAAGAAAUUAAAUCAUUGUUUUGAAGUAUCGAAGACAAAAAAUAUCUAUAAUAAGGGAUUAUCUCGAUUUUCUUUUAAACAAAUAUCAGAAUUUGCUAAUACAUUUUGUUCUAAAGAAUUAUUGCCUUCUUUAAAUAAAAUUAGUAAAGUUCAAAAUUUCGAUUUUGUUGGUAUUCCAAGUUCUAGAACAAGAAUAUCAAAUCCUGUUAAAUUUAUGUUUGGUUUACCUGGUUAUUUAGUAAAUAAUGAACUUCAAACAAAGACCCAAAUGAUAACUAAUUUGAAUCAAAAUACAAUGGCAAAAUUUGGUAAAUUAAUUCAAUCAUUCCCAAAGGAAUUUGCUAAUGAUAAUUUGAUUAAAUGUUUUGACAUUUUAGAAAAAUUCUUGAAAGAAUUUAAUAUUAAAGAUAAAUUUGUUAAAAACGUUGAAGUAUCGCCUUUUAAUGUUCUUGAAUCCACACAAUGCUUUGUUAAGGAAUCAAAUUCUAUUCAAAUGGUUUCUUCCAAGAAACCUAGCCUUAUUGUUAGAUAUUGGCCUAUUGGAUUAUUUGUUGUGCUUAAUGGACCAGGUUUUGUCUGGUUUGCAUGGGAAUCUCGUUUUAAAGUUAUUAAUUUCUUACAAAAAAACGUUAUUCAGUUUGUGAAAGGUUUAUUUUAUAAUUGGGUUUGGGUACCUAUUAAAGAUAUAUGGGCUACUGUCAGACAUGACGAGGGAAGCGAAAUAGCUAUGAUGUCUAAUGGUACUUUGGAUUCAGAAAUGAAUUCAUUAUGUCGAAUGGUAAUUCAACUAAUGAAAGAUAAUAACCCUACUUAUGUUAAUAUUAUAGGUGAAAAUGUUUUGACUGAUCAAAUCAUGCAUGGUAAUCUUGAUGAAUUCAUGAAAAUAUAUGAAAAUGAAUUAAAUAGCCCAAUUAAGAAUAUUUUCACAGGUAAAUUGAUCAGAUCGAUACUUAUUCAAGUUCAAAAAACAAAAGUAGACGGAUCAUUAGCUUUAAAUGGUAUUGACAAGAUGUUAAAAUCGCAGCAGUUAGUAUUUGGUAUAUUGGCUUUAUCACCCGCAACAUUUGUCAUUUAUUUGACCAUAAAUUAUCUUGUAAAAUUAAUUAGGUUAGGGAACAUUUUCUCAAAUAUAAAGCAUUAUAAGGAAGAAGUCAGCCAAAGUUUAAACAACGUUGAAAGAUUGUUAAAUUAUCAGGAUUUCGAAAUAGAUGACGAGAAUUUAAAAUAUAUUAAUCAUGCAUUAUUAAUAAUGGAAAUUUCAAACUUAUCGUCUAAUGGAUCUGUGGUAGUACCAAAGAGCAGAAAGUAUGAAUGGAAUAGAGAUAUUGGGGAGUUAAUUAAUAUUAAAUUUUCUAAUACUGCUAAAUUAAAUGUUGUUAAUAGAGUAUACCAUACCUACUCCAGGUAUUUUUUGACUUAA